AUGCAGGGCAGGAUCUCGAAGCACCUGAGCUUGGCCUGCGAGGCUGGGGCGGUGUACCGGCUGCUGCAGCAGGGCGUGCCCAAGGCAGAGCUGCAGAUCCAGAAAGAGCUGCUCUCCGCCGCCUUCGGCCCCGAUCCUUCCGCGUCCGACGCGAAAUUCCACCCGGACGCCCGGCGCCGGAUCUUGGCCGCGACCCAGCGCCACGCGCUCGGCGCGGUGAACGCCUCCACCGCUUUGCACCUGCUGGCGCAGACGUCAGCCAAAGGGCCCCGGAUCGCUGGGGGCAACACCGCCGAGGUGUCGGACCUGGUGCUCGCGGUAGUGGCAGGCGCCGCCUCUCCCCGAGACCUCGCGGUCGCCAGCUGGGCUGUCGCCCGCCUCGGCCUGGCUUCCGACUCGGCGCUGGCUGCGCUGGAGAACGCGGCCAAGGCGGCGGCGGAGGAGAUGGACGGCCAGGACCUGGCCAAUGUUUGCUGGGCCUUCGCGACCAUGCGGCCUUUCCGCAACGGCUCGGACUUGGAGGACCCUUUGCUGGCGCAGCUGGCAGAGGUGGCCAGCCACAAGGCGCAUACCAUGAGCCCCAGGCACCUGGCCAUCGUGACCUGGUCCCUUGCCAAGGCUCGGGUGCGCCACGAAGACUUUUGUUGGUCAGCCGCUGGGGCUGUGAAGAGCAGCAAGGCGGCCAAGUGGCUGCCCCAAGACCUGGCCAACUUCCUCUGGGCCUUCGCCGUGCUGCGCUUGGACCGCCAGAUCGCGCCGCUGGACGUGGUGGCGGCACGGGCGGCGGAGCUGAACUGGGACAAGUUCCGGCCCCAGGAGCUCUCCAUCGCCAUGUGGGCCGCCUACUCUUUGGGCAUCCGCGACUUCCGGGGCUCCUCUGCCCUUGCGGUGAAGCGCAUGCUGCAGCACGCCGCGCGGGAGAUACGGAACCACGGGGCCAAGGACUUUGAGCCGCAGCAUUUGAUGAACGCUGCGUGGGCGCUGGCCAGGUGGCAACGCCAUUGCCGCCUCAACGGCUUACCCCAGGAGUGCAAGGACUACGUUUGCCGCCCAGCCCUUCGGGUGCUGGCCACCGAAGCCGCCCACCACGCACACCACUUCCGGGCUCGGGAGAUGUCGCGCCUGGUGUGGGCGCUCGCGAGCCAGUCCUGUUACUCGGCCUGGGAAACCCGGGGCUGA